CUUAUGAUUAAAUACUGCUGUAAUCGAAAACAUGCAAUCAACAAUUAUGUUAUUGUUUCAGUACAUAAAUAUGACGUAGCUCUUUUGUUCUUUUGAUUGGCUAGUAAACCUGCGGUGGUCACAUGCAGGUCGAUAUACCAUAUGGACCUAUAUUUUCUAAAUUUAGAACAACCAUCGAAUAUAGGCCUUAUGUUUCUAAAGUGAAAAAACCCAGACUAUAUGGGCUCUAUGUUUCUUAAAUUGGAACAGUGAAAAGUAUGGAUCCCGGAGUACAACACAAUUUAUAUUUAAAAACAUAUUGAUAAUUCCAAAUUGGCGGAAUAUGAUGAUAAAUUUAUCUUAGGCAAUUAUGAAAUUACAAAUGUACUGGUAAAUAUGUUCAAAUGGCAUAUGAAAAUCACGGACAUUUCAAUUCGGCUGAUAUGGUUUUAUAUCAACCUGGCUUCGCCCUCGGUUAAUGUUUUCUUCCAGGUCGAUAUAAAAGCGUUUUGACCUCAUUAAAAGUCCAUUAUUGAUAUAGUUUGAGUAUGGUUUGUCAUUACACUGUAUACUACGUUAAAGCUCCUACGGAUAGUAGCACGGGAUUAUACAAGUGUAUGUCAUGUUCUUUUAAGAAUAACAAAUAUCCAAACUAAAUCAUAGGGUUGCUAAUAGAUAUUUAUAGUGUGACAAUUAUCAUACUUUUCCUGACUUUCUUGACUUCCACUCUUUUUGUUCCUAGCAUUUCUGACGAGUCCUGGAAGGUAGAGUUUUAUAUUCCUUAAUUUUCAUAUACUAUAUUCAAUACUGAUGUCAUAUUUAAAGGUACUACUCAACUGUAUCUUUUGUACAAUGAUUCUAGCGGUUAGUGGAGUAGUGAAUGAAGUGAACCAAUGUACAGAACAUUCAUCAGGAUCAUCUUUGACCAGAUCUUACUACGACAUUUGCAUAACUUUUGUCAGCACUAAAAGGUCCUGGAAUGAUGCAAAUCAUGCUUGUAGAAGCCAAGGAGGACUAUUGGUCCAGAUCACAGACAGACACAUGCAGGACUUUGUGUUUGAAGUGCUAACAUCGGAACACUGGGCAGACACUGGUGUUUGGAUUGGUGCCACAGAUGACGAUACCGAAGGCAGAUGGAUAUGGAGUGAUGGUAGCAACAUCACAUACUCCAACUGGCACCCGGGUGAAGGACCGGUCCAUCAUGGUUUUCUGUUUUCCUCAGCUGCUUUAGAGGACUGUGGUAUAAUGCGUGUUGACGAUAACGGUCGUUGGCAUGACUACAGUUGUGGAAAUCUCCUGUUCCGCCACUCCUACAUGUGUCAAUACCAAAAGACGCCUUCAUUAACAAUAUCAUCAACAACAAUGUCGCCGACCACACAACAAGAUAAGUGUGUACUGCUCCAUCCGAAUGAUUCCUUCGUCCAAUUCUACAGCGAUUCCUGUCUUACUUUUGUCACUGGUGACAAGUCUUGGAAUGAUGCGGACACUAACUGCGGGAGACAUGGAGGAUUGUUGUUACAGAUCCACAGCCAACAGGACCAGGACAUCGUCUAUGAGAGCCUGAAGUCCCUACACUGGAGUGACUCGGGGGCGUGGAUAGGGGCUACAGAUAGUGGUAGUGAGGGACACUGGAGAUGGAGUGAUGGUAACCAUAGUAACACCUUGUACGUCUGUUAAUUAUGGUCACUGGAAUCCUGACGAAGGGCCGUCUCACAACGCCACUAACGAGAACUGUGCCAUGAUCAGUGUGGAUGACGGGAUGUGGUAUGACUACGAUUGUACAGCCGUUAUCUACAACCAGGCCUAUAUAUGUCAAUACAGACAGUGACAAUAUAUGUCAAUACAGACAGUGACACUAUAUGUCAAUACAGACAGUGCCAAUAUAUGUCAAUACAGACAGUGACAAUAUAUGCUAAUACAGACAGUGACAAUAUAUGUCAAUACAGACAGUGACAAUAUAUGUCAAUACAGACAGUGACAA